GGGCGCCCGUUCUCUGUUUCUUUCCCGCUAGUGCGCGUCCGUUGCCGACUGCUCGCCUCGCCGCCGCCCUGAAAGGAAGGAGGGGAGGGGGAAGCGGAACUCGGCAAGUGGGCACCGGCACGGCAGCGAGACGCGCAGGCCACACAAACGGGCGGCGCGGACGCAAAGGCAACAGGCAUCAAGGUCGCGUACUACUCACUCGUAGACUAGCAGCAGCAGCUAUCGUAUCCAGUGCGCACCGCAUCGACACGGCGGCGGCGGCCCUCCACCAGCCGACCAGUCCAGUCCGGUCCACCACAAAGUCCCCACAAACCCCCCCCGCAGAUGCUGCUGCGGCAGCACUAGCAGGCGGCAGGGAGGGAGGGGAGGGAGGAGGCGGGACUCGCGGAGGCCGGCCCCGACCGCCGCCGAGGGAGGGGAAGGGGCGAAACGAAAGCCUCCCCGCGCGCGGGGCGGGAUGGCGUCGGGCGUGUCGCCGAGCAUGGCGCUGGCGCUGGCGGGGUUCUGCUUCAGCCUAAUCUUCAUCGCCUUCGUCUGCUCCCGCCUGGCCUGCGCGCUCCUCCGCCGCCACCGCCGCCGCGCCCGCUCACGCCUCGCCGCCGUCCUCCCGCGGUACGCGGCCGACUACACCUUCACCGUCGUCCAGGUCCACCACCCCGCGGCCGACGCCGCCGCCGGCGGGCUCGGUCCCGCCGCGGUCGCCGCCCUCCCCACCCGCGCCUUCGCCGCGCGCCCCGGCGGCUCCGACGCCGACUCCCAGUGCGUCAUUUGUCUCGCAGAAUACGAAGAGGGGGAUGUUCUACGCGUUCUUCCUCACUGCGGCCAUGAUUUUCACAUGGCCUGUAUAGAUUUAUGGCUGGAGCAGAACUCGACCUGCCCCGUCUGUAGAGUCUCAUUGCUCCAUAACCCUGACAGCGAGCACACUGCUCCUCCUCCACCGCUACCCAGUGUGGUAGUGAUCAGCCCUCCAAGCUCUCCUGAACCAUCAGCAUCAGAUCCAUGCCGCUGCCUGUUUGCCGGCACCGGGCACUCGUCAAGGGCAUCAGAGGCUACCAGGAAUGAGCCCGACCAGGAGAAUCAGGUGGCAUCUAGGUCAUCAGUGGACAGCAUGCCGCUGUCCGAAGGUAACCCCACUCCUGAGAAUAACAGCCAAACAGUAAGGAAGCAGCAGAUAGGGCCCUGCAAAUAGCAAUAGCAGCUGCCUGGAGUCGGCGUCCUGCAGUCUGCAGGGCGAACAAGCACCUGUACAGUGGCGGAUGACUGCUUGUAGGUUGGAUUUGAUGAGAGGGGGGGGGGGGGGGGGGGGGGGGCGCGGUAAAUAUGAGAAAUCAUUCAGGUUUGUUGUUGGAAUGGAAACACUCUCAUUUGUUCAGUAUUCAUGCUGAAACACAGCAAACCGUGGUAUAUGGAUACCAAAGGGAGAUUAAAGCAUCGGUGAUUUCACCAAAGGCUAGUUGUUGUUAUUAUUACCUGUUGGCAACUGGCAUCAGCAAACAGGAUGCUCUUAAAUGGUACCAUUUCAGGAAAGCAUUUGAAACUAACA